AUGGGGGUUAGGCCCAGGCUGGUCCUGCCACUGCUGCUGUUGCUGCAGGCCCUGGGGCAGUCUGCGUGGCCGGCUGCCGUGAUCCUGGUGCUGGCUCUCUGGUUGCUGGGGGACCCCACCUGUGGCAUGCUGUUUGGCCUGGCCAUUCUGGUGUGACCCUGGCUUGGCCCCUGGAUGCCCCACUGGCUGAGCCUAGUGGCCACAGCAGACACCAGUCCUGCUGCUAUCCAGCUGCCAGCUGACAUCGCCUUUGUGGUCCAGAUCCUCUGCUUGGGGUUGCAGAUGUGGGCACAGCUGAGCCAACAGCUGCCCUGCACCUUUGUGGAUGCCUUUGAGCAGCGGGCUCAAGGGCAGCCAGACUACGUGCCCUUGGUGUUCACAGGGCCUGGGGGUCUUAAGGUCACCUUCGGAGAGUUGGAUGCCUUGGCCUGCCAGGCGGCAUGGGCCCUGAAGGCUGAGCUGGGUGGCCCCUCCAGCAUGUCUGUUGAGAAGCCCACCACUCUCCUGGUACUGGCCUUGUGGCUGGGGCUGGCCAACUGCCCUGCGGCCUGGAUCAACCCGCACAGCAAGGGGGUGACUCUGGUCCGUGCUGUGCUGAGGUCUGGGGCCUCGGUGCUGGUGGUUGACCCAGACCUCUGGGAGAGCCUGGAGGAAGUCCUUCCCAAGCUGCAGGCUGAGAACAUCUGCCACUUCUACCUCAGCAACUCGUCCCCAAUGCUGGGUGUGGGGGCUCUGGGGGCCGCCUUAGAUGCUGCUCUCUCAGACCCAGUGCCUGCUCACUUGUGUGCAGGGAUCACACCACGAAGCCCUAUGCUGUACAUCUACACCUCAGGAACCACCGGACUUCCAAAGGUGGUUAUCCUCACAUAUGAGCCGCUGCUGCAAAUGUUCGGAAUGCUAUCGCUGUGUGGGGUCACAGCUGAUGAGGUUCUGCCUCUGCACCAUGUGAUGGGGCUUGUCUUUGGAGUCCUUGGCUGCCUGGAUAUGGGAGCCACCUACAUCCUGGCUCCUAAGUUCUCUGCCUCCUGCUUUUGGUAUGACUGUCAGGAGCAUGGUGUGACUGUGAUCCUGUAUGUGGGCGAGAUCUUGAGGUACCUGUGUAAUGCUCUCCAAUAACCCGAGGACUGGAAACACAUGGUCCACCUGGCUAUGGGCAUCGGACACCAGGCAGAAGUGUGGGAAACAUUCCAGCAGCGUUUCAGCCCCAUUCGGAUCUGGGAAUGCUAUGGUUCCACGGAGGGCAACAGUGGCUUCGUCAAUUAUUCGGGGUGCUGCAGGGCCCUGGGCAAGAUGAGUUCCCUCCUUCGAUUGCUGUCCCCUUUUGAGCUCCUUUGGUUUGACAUAGAGGCUGUGGAGCCCAUGAGGGAUGAUCGUGGCUUCUGCAUCCCCGUAGAGCCAUGGGAGGCAGGGCUGCUGGUGACCCAGGUGAUGAAACUCGCUACCUUUAUGGGCUACCGCGGCCCCCUGGAGCUGUCGGAACGGAAGUUGGUACGGCAUGUGAGGAGCCCGGGCGACGUUUACUGUAACACUGUAAACAUGCUGGCUACGGACCGCGAGAGUUUCCACUACUUCCGAGACCGCCUCGGAGACAGUUUCCGAUGGAAGGGGGAAAAUGUGUCCACGCGGGAAGUGGAGGGCGUGUUGUUACUCGUUGACAUCCUGCAGGAUGUGAACGUCCACGGCAUGUCUGUGCCAGGGUGUGAGGGCAAGGUGGGCAUGGCUGCCGUGCAAUUGGCCCCCAGCUGAACGUUCGACGGGCAGCAGCUGUACAAGUAUGUCCGCGCUUGGCUCCCUGCCUAUGCUGCCCCCCAUUUCAUCCAUAUCUAGGACGCCCUAGAGGUCACAGACACUUUCAAGCUGGUGAAGUCUGCACUGGUGCGUGAGGGCUUCAAUGUGGGUAUCGUCGCUGACCCCCUUUUCUUACUGGACCACCAGGCCCAAGCUUUCUGGCCCCUGAUGCCAGAUACAUACAAAGCUUUGUGCAAUGGAACCUGGAGAUUCUGA